AUGGUGGAGGACUUAGCUGCCUCCUGUAUUGCUUUGAAGUUCAAGAAUAAAAUUCUGAAGGCCCAAGUGCAGUGGCAAAUGGAACAAAAUGUUGUCCUAUAGGCUCAGAUCCCAGAGCUCCAGGAUCCUGGCCCAGAAGGCCCAGAAUUCAGAACACCAAGAUCUUCCAAGUUCCAGGAGCCCCAGGAGGUACCAGGAAACCGCAACGCACCUGGAACCCCUAAGCUUCCAACUCUCCAGGAGUUACUGGAACCUAGAGUGCUCCAUGAGCCCCUGGAUACUUUAGAUGCCCAAGAAUUCCUAGAGCCCUCCGCACUCCAGGAGUCCCUAAAGUGUCUAAUAGCUGCUUUGACAUCAGCAGGUUCAGAGUUCCCACAGUAACCCAGUGAGCUGGAGGCUGAAGCUUUCUCCCUAGAAUACUGUUUAGCCUUCAGUGGAGAUGUCCAGAAGCUUUCUGAGUUCCUGGUUCAAUUGAAUAGUUACAUGAGAGUCAGUUACAUGUAACCUACUGAAGCAUCUGUGAUGAGCUUUGUUGGCAGGUGCUUCUCAGAUGAGGCAGGGAUGUGAUUUCAGCCCUUACUAGAUAUACAAAGCCCCCUGCUGGAGCAAUUUGAAAAUUUCACAGUGCUCCAGGAUACUUUUGACAAUCCAGAAAACAUGGAAUAUGUCAGUCACUGCAUCCAUCAGCUCUGCCAAAGGGAGGAUCCUGCGCAUCAGUAUGUGAUCCACUUCCAUCUCAUUGCUCAAGAGCUAAACUGGAAUGAAAGCACUCUCUGCAUACAAUUUCAGGAAGGGCUUGACAGUUCUAUACCAGAUGAACUGUCUCACACAAGCCCAGCCACUGUCCUAUCUAAUCUGAUCACUCAGUGCCUAAAGAUAAGCUGUAAGCAUGAUCCAAAUCCACAAGGAGCAAGGCACUCUGAGGAGAGACCUGGGCCUAAAAGCUCACUAGCUGAAAACCAGCCUGUGCAACCUUCAAGCAAUUGACACCUCAGUGAAGCUGAACAAGCCCACUGCUGUGAAGCCCACUUGUGCCUCUGCUGUGGUCAUCCUUGUCAUGUUGCCAGAGAUUGUCCUGUCAAGCUUCAUCAUGCACAGCAGGAAGGAAACAUUUGA